AUGACAUCUACCUGUUCUACUUCGUCAUCGGAGCCUUGCUCUCCUAUCUCAACUCCCGCGACCACCUCGCCAGCCUCUCUCACCUCUGGUGAGGUUGCUACUGCUCCUGAGCUCGCCGCUGCUCUUGAGUCAUUGGUUCGGGAGCGUCUUGCACCAGGUUCGUUCAAGUUCCUGCCGGCCAGAGCACCCCUAGUGGACUGCUCGACCGGAAAUCCAGGCGCUCCAGGAAACCACCCGGUCCUCGUUCUCCCCAGUCACGAUGAUAACCCUGAGUUGGUUCAGGUAAUUUUUGCCACAACGAAGGACAUCAAGGGAAACUGCACUCUGGCCUAUCUCCCCAAACAGAACUUCUCUGUCGCCCACAGGUACUCUGACCUUUAA